GGCUUUCUUCUUUCGGACAAGGACAAAUAGACUCUCCAUUCUUCUCUUUCCCCAUUCUUCUUUCCAUUCUUCCCAUCACUUGACACUUCUCUUCCAUCACCCUUCCAAAAGAAAAAAGCGAACCUUUGAACCAAAGACAUUCGUUAUUACUUCCUGUAUCAAAGCACUCUCGUUAUUCCAUCACGAUCUUUUUUUUCCCUUACUCUUCCUUCCAAACUUCCUACGAGUCUCUCUGAUCUCUCUGACGUUCAAGAAGCAACACCUUUUGUCCUAUACUUUCUCAAACUGUUAUCAAAAUGGAGACAAUAUACGGUAUCCAGGUCGACACUGAUAGCCUGCGUGAGGCGCAUGAGCGUCAGAAGCGCUUGCACCAGCAACCACAACAACAACAACAACAACAACAACAGCAACGACCCUCCCCUUCGGUCGUGGGAGAUUUCACAAAGACCUAUUCUGGCCCAGCAACGUUGAAGAGUCCACCGGAACCGACGGUAGUGGCUCGAUCGACCUCGACGUCUGCGAUCCCCUCAUCCGGGGCGUUGGAUAAGAAGGCUAGAGCUAGUGGAACAGAAAUGGGGAUACCGAAAAAAUCGCCCGCGGCGACGGUUACGGGAGCGUUGGGGGUCUCGGGUUCGCAUACACCGCCACCGCACCAUUUUCAUGCAUCGAGUGGUGCUGCGACGUCGCCGUUCCUGGCCGCGGUUGGGUUGCAUCACCAUCAACAGCAGCAUCAACAGCAGCAGCAGCAGCAACAGCAGCAGCAAGGAGGAGGAGGAGCGGGGGCAGGACAGAUCCGAUCAGCGACUCAUUCGCCGUCGUUUAUGACCCGAUCCGCGAGUCAUUCUCCGGGUUUUUUGACCUCGACAUCCACGACCCAUUCCCCGGCGUUCUUGCCAAAGUUUUAUGAUCUUGAGCAUCAUGGGCAUACUGGGAGGUUGUCGAACGCGAUCCCAUGGUUGGCUUUACCGGGGACUGCGACGCCUACGGGAUUGAUGAGCAGCAAUGGCAGUCGAGCUCAGAGUCCGAGUCUGUUUGGACGACGGAGGUCGGAUGGAGGAGCGGCGCCGACUGAAUUGGGGGCGGCGGCGGCGGCGGCGGGGACAUUGGAAUUGGGGCGUGAGAAGCAGCAUCUGCAACAGAAGUAUGGAGCAUUUGAGUUGAUGUUGGGACUGGAACAGCAGCAACAGCAUCAUCAGCAUCCGCUGCAGCUGCAGCAUCAGCAGCAGGAGCAGCAGGAGCAUUCGUUGGUGCGUCCACAGCAACAGCAGAAUCCGCAGUCGCAUCCACCACAUCCUUUGGCAGCUUAGGGUUUAGGGUUGAGGACCCAAACUAGGAGAACCGACACCCUGUUGAUGACGACAAACGACGUUUAAGAAAAAAAAAAAAAAAAGAAGGAAAAGAAGAAAGAAGAAGAAGAAGAAGGAGGAAAAGAAGGAGAAGAAUGCUUCUGUUUGUACAUAUUUUUUUUGAAUUAUUAUUAUUAUUAUUUUUGCAUGUUCUACGCUUCCCUACUCUUCUACCCUUUUUGCUUCACGAAAAUGACCCAUGUUAGCAAUUUGCUUCAGUCGCAUACACACUGCCCUUUUUUUUUUUU